AUGAGCGCGUCCAAGCCAAAUUGUCAUCUGCCAAGUGUGGAUGAGAACGGCCUUGUUGAGGAGGGCAAAGCUCAUAUUUUCAAUGGAGACGCUAACGACGUCUUCUACAACCCAGUGCAAGUCUUUAACCGCGAUCUAUCAGUGCUCGCUAUCCGUGCGUUCGCAACUCUUCGAAGAAACGAAGAACAUGUAAAGAGCGCCAAGUCGGAUAAAGAACCGUCAAAUACGAAACUUAAGAUUUUGGAGUCGUUCGGCGCUACUGGCCUGCGUUCGAUUCGAUACGCUUUGGAACUUGAUGAUGUGAUUGAUUUGGUUGUGGUCGGAGAUUUAGACGCAAAAGCAGUGCGUCUCAUAGAAGCAAAUAGAGAAAGAAAUCAGGUAGAUGAAACGAAAUUGAGAGCUGUAUGUUCUGAUGCAAAUCAACUGAUGUACAUGUCCCGUUAUGGUGGGAUUAACGCAACUAGAGCGUUUAUUCUGCCGGCUGUCGGAUCAACAGAUUCACCAGCAAUUCAAGUCCCAAUUGAUGCUUCCACUCAAAUUUCUCAUUUCGAUGUCAUCGAUCUCGAUCCUUAUGGAAGCGUGGGAGAUUUUCUAGAUGCUGCGGUUCAAUCAGUAGCAGAUGGCGGAAUCUUGUGUAUUACUUCCACGGACAUGCCAAUUCUAUGUGGAAAUAAUCCCGAAGAGUUCGUUGAUCUUUGUCUCUCUCUAUUGAAUGAAGUUAAUGAAGAAGGUCCACUUUCAGGAAUGACGAUGAAUUCCAAAAUUCGUGGUCUUCUUACUGCGAUAUCUGAAGAAGGCAUUGAUGUUCCACUUUAUUAUCAUCUUCCGUCUUUGAUGAAUCGAGUUAAAGUGGAAGCAAUCAAGACGUCAUUGUUCAAGUCUGCUUUACUCAACCUUGGAUUCUCAGCGACGCAUUUCCAUCGUGAGCCGCAGUCGAUCAAAACCAACGCACCGCCUUCUGUUGUUUUUGACAUUCUCCGGAAGUGGGCUCAGGAGCAUCCGCCAAAAAACCCAGAGAAAUAUGAAAUCUUGAAAAAAGAAAUAUCAACGGAAACCCCAAUCUGCUUCGAUCCACACCCAGAUGCUAUGUCUAAGACACCAGGCGGUGUUUGUAAGUGGCUCCCCAAUCCCGCUCCUUAUUGGGGUCCGAAAGCACGAGCGAAGUCAAAAAGGUAA